AUGAGCACAGUGCCCAUUAAUGAUGUGUCCCCUGGAAGCAUGCACACACUGGUCUCCAGGCACCUACUGCUCAACUCAGACCCUGCUACCUCUAAGAGGGUGUGCUUUUACAAGAGUGGGGACCCCCAGUUCACUGGACACCGAAUGGUCAUCAACAGCCACACUUUUAAAACCUUUGAUGCCCUUCUAGACGAACUCUCCAAGAAAGUGCCUCUGUCAUUUGGCGUAAGAACCAUCACAACCCCUAAAGGGAAACAUGCUGUCCGUACCCUUGAUGAUCUGCAGGAUGGGGCCUCUUAUCUGUGCUCAGAUCGUAGGAAAGUCAAGCCUUUUAACCUGGACGAGGUUCACAAAACACAUGUACCUUGGAACACUACCAGACCUGUUAGUUCAGGACAUCAAGCACGCAGAGCUCUGGUACGGCAGCUAGUGAAGCGAGGUGAAGGGACCACAAGGACGGUAAAGAUGCCUGAAAACAGUGUGGUAGUGAGGACACCAAAAAGGCUGACAGUAUGUAAAAACAAGGAUCCAAGCAUUACGCGGGUAAUUGUUCUUCAGAGGAGAACAGCCCCAAAUUUUGAAGCCGUGUUGGAUUAUCUUUCGAAAGUGAUGCAGUUCCCUGUUCUGAAGCUUUACACAGGAGAUGGCAGAAAAGUUGAUGGACUUCCUGCUCUCAUUUUGUGCUCUGGGAUUGUCGUGGCAGCUGGUAAUGAACCCUUUAGAAUGGGUACCCACAAUCUCCAAGGUCCCACUAAAACCAUACGGGCCAACAUAUCUGAAUCCCUGGGUCCAACACAAGCAAAGACACUUUUAGAAAAGAACAAACCAUCUGCGCCUAUUUCAAGAUCAAGGAAUUUCUCUUUAUCCUCAGAGCGCUACCUCGUGGAGCAGAUCAAUAAGUCACUAAAUGGAAGUCUGUCAGAGCACAAUUGUCAAAAGACAGAAUCAAUGGAGACCGAAGACAGUCAGCCAACAGGACCAGAAGAGAACUGUGACUCUAUGGCUAGAGUGGAAAAGAGAAAUCACCCCAUCAUGCCUACAGAAGACGACAUUGAGAAAUCAUUCCGGGUCAAUGAGGAUGGCAGUAUGACAGUGGAGAUGAAGGUGCAUCUUACUAUAAAACAAGAAGAAAUGGUCCAUUGGACAACGACACUAAGCCGUUCCUCUGUUAACAACCAGCAGAGGGCAGUGGGCACUUCCAAGCCGGGAUCAGGCGUGAACUCAUUAGACGUCGCCAAUGACUCAGGCAAAGAGUCAAAUGGGCCUCAUAGCCUAGAAUGUAAGGAAAUUAACACCCUCACUGACAAAUCCGUAGGGUUCAUUGAGGAGGAAAGAGAAAAAUACGGCAAGGCCGUAUCUCAGACUUCUGAAAAGCUUAAACCAAUUUACAGAAGGAUUCCCACUCCAGGUCACAGACAACAGAGGAAAGAGUCAUCAAUUUCAGAGACUGAAGUACAGGAGAGUACAGUGGGUGCAUACUCGAACAUGGAGCGCACCGCACAGGGAGAAUUGACGGAAGGGUACUGUGUGGUGAGUCGUAGCAGUAGCAGCAGCACCAGGGAUUUGUCAAAACCCAGGAAGAGUGAGUCAGGAGAGAUCAAGCAGAAGAAGUCUCAUUCCUUCAGAUCCUCAGGUGUGGCAGAGGUUCUUCAGCUAAAAAACAACGGGACAGUGGGAAUAACAGAGGCCGUGCUGCACAUAUAUGAGUCGCAGGGCACGUGUGACAAUUACUAUGCAAAUACACAGGUGGAUGUGGAAAAUAAACCUGAAUACUGUACCAAAGCUUUGCCUCGCAGCAGGCCAAGCUCGACAGACUCAGGACCUCAGUCGUCCAGUAAUGACUGCGAUGUGGAUCUCACCAGGCAAUCCACAAGCUCCAACUCUGGAGACGGUGGAAGAAAUGACAUGCUGUCAUUGUCAUCUGCUUCUUCAACACCUUCAAAAACGAUAAGCAACAAUCCUCAAAUCCUCAGUGACAACGCACAACUGGCUUCAGGAGAGUGCAGGUCCACUGAAUCCACAGAAAAUAGAAUGUUGCAGUCAAUAGAUGAAGACUACAAUGAUAUGAGGAUUAUUGGUAAUAAAAAUACAAAUACUCCAAAGUCAAAAAAGUCAAAGCAGAGCACUUCUUCUGAAUCAUCUGGGCUUGGGAAAAGAAUCAAGGGCAUUCCGAGUUCUUCAAAAGGGCUCCAAAUGACAAAUACUUCUGACACAUUGAGCCACACAGAAUCAGAGAAAAAGACUCAAAGUUCAGCAGAAAGGGCUAAACACAACAAUGGAAGAGAUCAAAAUAAAACGACCAAGACAUUCAAAGGGCCUACUUUAAAGUCAAGUGUCUUGGACAACAGAUCACCAACCCAUCCAGCACCAUUAAAAAAGAUGCUGCCAAAGCAGCGGUCAAUGAAUGGCACGAAAUCAAAAGCCUCCACACAAACACAAAAGUUGAGUGAGAGUGUGUCAUUGCCUGUGCUACAGUCAUCUCCCUCCAAUGUGAAUCAAUAUGUUGAAAACUGGUUGCAGAAAAUUCAACCAGACUCUUUGCCCUACGAUGACGACAUAGAACAUAUGGAGAGCGUACCGAGGGCGGUUUUCCAGAUCGGCAGCGAAUCUGCAGACGGCUCUGAGAUUAAAAGCGAACCUGAAAAAGAUAGCGUAGUGGAUGAAGAGCCUUCACUUGAACAUAAUGCUGUAGAGAGGCCUUCACUUGAAAAUGGUGCUGUGGAGAGGCCUGCACCUGUACAAAUAAGAUGUGAAGGAGAGCCACUCGAGGCCCAAAGACUGAGAGGCUUUUGUAAAUCUAUGCCAAGUGUGAGAGUACUUCCUGCUGAACAGGAAAGACAUGUGAGAAUGCACAAGUCAUCGGAGACCUUGGCUCCGCCUGACCCUUGCACUGGGGCUAGGACGUCACAAAGCACAGAUGUUAAUACUGGAUCAGGUGUGAAACCAGUUUUGAAACAGUUAUGUUUGUCAAUUCAGUACAUCAGACGGGCUUCGAGUCAAACCCACUUGGCACCCACUGUGAUGGAAAAGUCCAGUAGCCUCCCAGACUUUUCAUCUCAGGUGGCCUCUGCUUUUGGUUCUCCAGCUAGAGCUUUUCUUUCCUUUUUGUCUCUGAUGACACUGAGAGAUGGAAAAACCAUCCUUAGCAAAGACGAAUCACAAGCCAGCUCCUCGGAGGCCAUACAGGUAAUGCAGUCCUUGGAAAAAAUAUCUAAUAUUAAAGACGAGGAAGAGCUUAAGGCUAGCUUGACAAGUCUUCAAAGUUCAACCUCCUCACGAUUAAAACAGAGCUGGAGAGAUUUCCAGGAGAGAAAUUUGUUUGGAGAGAGUCCACCGCUGUCACCAAGACAAUCGGAGCAAGAGUUUGCACUAGAUGUGGACUCAGGAGGAGAGGGGGAGGAACAGGACGAAGAGCAUGAUUUUGGUAUAGAGCAGUUAAUGGACGAACUGAACAUGUCUGGGGAUCUUCGCCGAGAGAUUUCCUCUCUUGUUGAAGGAGAUAUUAAAUGUCAAACAAAUUUGAACAAUAGUGAAAAUGAUGAAAAUGAGGAUGGCUCAGUGAAUGGUAGUUUGGAGAAAGCUGCGGAUAUGGAAAUGGAAAAAGACUAUUGUGAGGAGAAUGUUGGCCUAGAGAAUGACACAACCAAAGAUAAGAUAACUGAUGAUCCAAAAGAAAAGGAAUCUCAGGAGCUGCAUGUAAUUCAAUCUCAUUCCCCGGACUUAGAAACUGUGGAACAAGACUUAAAUAAUGAAGAUUCUGAUAUAGCCAGGCCUACACCUGAAGAAAUACGCGAAGAUAAUUACAGUAAUUCAAGCAAAGCAGAGGUUUUAGAAAUGGCAGAUAACAACCAGAUAAACACAGAGACAGAAAUAGUCAUUUAUGGAGACUCUGAGAGUAGAGAUGUAGAACAAAGCCAUUUCCAGACAUCUCAACAAAAUCUCACAGAUAUUGCUGGAGAAGACCUUUCUGAUAAACAAAACAACAUGUCUGAAGGUGAAAACAACAUAACAGCAGACAAUAAAGAUGGAGACAGCAACAACGAGGAGGAAGCUACCAUUCUGCCAGAUGACAAUACGGAUGACAUAUCAAAACAGAAGGUAACAGAUUUAGCAGGAGAUGAACAAUUCUCUGAUGACCAUGGCAUACAGUCUGACAGAGAUAACAACAUGACACCAGAUAAUCUAGAAGUAAGGGAGCCUAAUGAAGAGCAGGACACCAUUCAGAGUAUCAAGGAGCAUUUUGAACAGUCAGAUGUUUCAGAACCUGACAUUACAGAUACCACACCAGAACAAAAGGUCACAGAUUCUGCUAGAAACGAACAGUUUGAGUUGUCUGAUGACAAGAAGAAUGUGUGUGUAGGAGAUAACACAGCAACACCAGACGAUACGGAAGAAAGAGACAACCUUCAGAAUUUGAGGGAACAUAGUGAGCAGUCAGAUGUUUCAGAACCAGUCGAUCUAUGUUUAGCAUCAGAAACCGAGUGUGUGGAGUUUCCAGAUAAAGAAACUGAACUAAAUGAGCUAAAUGAGGACGAUGAAUCUCAGUUCAGUACAGGUGAAAUACGAGAGCAGGACCGUGUUAGAGAGGAAACAGAUCAUUCUGAUUUCGAGGAAGAUGGUGGUGAUGAAGAAGAGAGGCAAGAAGAAGAAAACAAGUCCAUCUUAGCAGAAUGUGAUGUAGAGUCCCAAAACUCCCAACACUAUUUAUCACAUCAUUGUGAUGCGCAGAGUAAACACACAGUGGAUGUAUACGAAUCAGGUAGCCAAGAAGAUGAUGAGGUCAUGUCUCCAGAUGUUGAACAUGCUAUGCAAGAGAUGUUAGAAAGUCAGGAUCUCAGUUGCCCUGAGCGUUUUAAUAAUGUUGAGAAUAGUAAAACUGAAUAUGAUGAAACACAACAAAUUGAUGACAGUUUUGUGGAAGGGAGGAACAGUGAUGAAGAGGAUCAUGACAUCUCUGAACACUGUAUAUGGGCAGAUCCAGAUGCUGAAGCAGGCUCUUCUAGAAACUCAGAUCCUGAGGUUAAAAAUGUGACAGCAGAAACAUCAAGGUCCAGCAUUAGUGAUUCAGAACAUGUUUGUAAGACUUUAGAGGAAGACAGCCACAAAGACAAAAAUGAAAUUCCUGCUGAGUUCUGCGAUCAGGAGAACCGUCUGCCUGGUUCUCAUGAUUUCCCACAACACUCUUUUAUGUUUAAAGAUGAUAUUAAUAACUCUGAAAGAGAGUCGUGCAGCAGUAUCAAGACAAAUUCAAGUGAAGAAAAGUUUGAAAAUUUGGGCAUGGAACAUGGUUAUCAUUAUUUACUACAUCCGACAGAGAUCUCACAAGAGCUGUUAGACUUAAUAAAUUCAGCGUUGUUGUCUUCCACUCUUACUGUCAAUUAUGAUUCAAAUGGCAACCUCAGAAUAGAGCCAGACAAACGCAAAAUUAGGGAGCUGUUCAGAGCUCAACAUAGGUUGGAUGAUCAGUAUGGCAAGAAACACCUUCCAAGCCCUUAUACAUCCGAUCUGUCCGAUUACAGACCUGAGACAUCAAACAACAGUGGACUCCAGUCGCAGGCCUCAAUGGAGCUGUUAACCGAGAGCGAUGAUGAAGAAAAAAGAUUACGAAUCUUUAGAGAAGUCUUGAAACAAAGCUCUGAGAACCCACAAAACCACACGAUGGACAAUAGCUCUGUGAAAUCUUCUCCCAGUACAAGUUUGAACAGCAAUAACAGUCUAAACUUUGUUCAAGAUAACAAAAGUGUUUUACAUGAACCACUACAUUACAACAGACCAACUUCACACCACGGAAACUCUGCACAGUGCGUGACCAUAAACGGAGAUGUGGACUCUGAAGAGGGCGUGUUGAUUGAUAAAGGCAGGUGGCUCCUGAAAGAAAACCAUCUCAUUCGUAAAUCUCCUCCAAUGCCCAUGGGAAUGUAUGGAAACGGGGAAACCACGUCGCCCGACACGGGUUUGGACAACAUGAGCGAAGAUGCACCAUAUCCGCAUUACGAGAACCAAGCACCCCUCGCUGUAAUAUCCUCCUCUGAGCUAGAAGAUCUGGCUAAACCUUGUACACCGAAGUGUAUGUACUUCAAUGUGCCACACAGCAGUGGUUCGGAUCUUCUAUCGGAUGCCCAGAGCCUGGGUGGAGGGAGUUCAAGGAGGAACAAGGAGCUUAAGGUGUCACCAAUGGGAGAGUCUUCCAAAAUGUGGGCAAAGAAAAAUGGAAGUCUGUCUUCAUUUGCCUCUGUUGAGUUCAAACUGCCUGAUGGGAAAGUUCAUCCACAAGAUGGUCCGGUGUCUGGUGCUGUGAAUACUAACAUAUCUCACAGUAUAGACAGUAGAACCAUGCAAGAGGAGGAGUCCAGGGUGGGCUUAAAUCUCAGGUGUGGGCAACACUGCCCAAUACUGUAGUUCUAAAGGGAAAAUGUAGCAGCUUAAAAGUUAUUUACUACACAUUUUUAUUUAUUUCUAGUAUUUUAUUUUUGCCGAAAUGGUUUGAAUAGCACACAUAAUACAAGCUGUUUUAACUGCAUGUGAUAAGACUUUACAACUUCACUUUGGUGCCUGCUUCAGUGUUUUGAGAUUUCAACAGCAAACAAAUUAAUCUUUUAACCAUGCACAGUUUUGAAAUAUUUAAUAUUAUGCAGAUGCCGAGGGGCUAUAUUGCACAAAGUGAAUCUGGUUUACUUGAAUUUAUUGAAUUUCCUAAGUGGUAUUUGAUAUGUAAAUAUUAUCCAUCUAACAAUUAUUGUUGUAUUUGCAUUUAAAUGUCUCCCAUGUCAUGAUAAAUACGCACCUUCGGCCCCAAAGUAUACCUCAUUUAGACCAUCUGUUUAAGAAACAUACUAAAUUUAAACCAGCACUGAGAACUUGUAUACAGAAGUAUGUAAUAAUACAAUAAAUAUACCUAUUACAAUUUCCUUUCUGAAAUGUUUGUGCCAUUGUUACUGUCCAGGACAUUCUUGUAUUUUACAGAGCAGAGAAAACACAGACUAACACAAUAUAUUAUGUGAUAACCCCAUUUAAACAAUGAAAAUAGUUACCGUAGUUUCUCCUUCACUGCAUUUUCACCCAAUGCAACGUUAAAAAAAUAUUCUUUAUCUGGAAGAAGGCAAGCAUGUAAUAAUGUGAUUGUGAAAGGAGGCAGCUGUCAUCAUUACUACAUUAAAUGUGAUUUUGCUGUU